UGUAUUAUGGGAGAAUUGUGAAAUCUUGAUCAAGUAGAAUUGUGGUUAAAUCCAUGUGUGUUUUUGUCUGUAGACUAAAACAAGUGCUGAGAUCCGCCGAGAUCUCAAUAACGUAUUUUAUUAACUACAGUAAAUCUGUAGAUUAAUCUACCACACUCUAACGAGCUGAGAUAGUUCAGCGCUAAAAGAUAAAAAUCCAAAUAGUGCUUUGUGGUUGUUAAGUGUGAGAUGCGCCGUCAUUUCACGUAAAGCACAUAAGCCGUGCAUAACACCUGCCAGCUUAGGGCAGUAUACAUCGCCAUAGUAACAGCCAUAACCCGGAAGUUCCAAGAGACCUUUUCUGGGGUAAUUUGAGCUAUUUGUAAACAAAUAGCCUAGCAUGAGCUAAGCUAACUGAAGCUAACACCUUUGCAUUGAAGCAUAUGCAAAGCUAGUAGCCUUGAAGGCUAGUGGUUAGCAUAGAGCAUUUUUGUGGGCUUAAAUACAGUGUGUUUUGCAGUGGUUAAAGUGUCGAAGUGACUUUACAUCUGUUACAUCUGAACUUUAACUCACUCUCACCUCAUUCUUUCUCUCUUUUACAUUUAUUAAUCUCUCUCUUCUCCUCUCCUCCCAUUGAAAAGAACGUUGACAGAUGCAAACGUAAUAAACAUUACCUUGUUUACUCUUAUCAGCUGAAACACUGUUGUUCUGUUAAUAAUUAAUGAUGGUUCUCAUCCUCAUUACUUUAAUGACACAUUGUGAUUAGUUCACCUAUAACUGCUCUUAUGAUUUUAAUGAUAUCAGCAGAUAUUAUUAAGCUAAGUAAUUAUGGUUUUGAAGUUUUGAUUUCAUUUCAUAAUUAAUCACAGAUUUGGAAUUUUUAUUUAAUUUCAUAAAUUAAGUUCAGUUCCUGCUUUCACGUAGCAACAAUACUUGCUGAUAAUUGAAUUAUAAUUGCUCUUAUAAUCUAAUGACAACAACAUUAGAGAUGUUAAUCCUUGAACUGUCAAUACUGCUCUGAAAUUUUAACUUCUUCUGCAGUUAAGUAGGCUUUGGGCUACCAUGUUUCAAGAUACUUAUUGAUUAAUUAACCUGAAUUGCUCUUAGCAAUUUUAAGGAUAACAUAAUUACAUUUUAAACAGGAAAUACUUUUUCUAAGUUCAAAUUUGAAUUUCAUUUGCAAUUGAAAGUUUUGGUUCUACCUGUUAGGCCUUCUUUUCUCUCGCCGUCAGUUAUUUAAUUAACUCAACCCAAAUUUUCCUAGGUUUUCCCAUUUGGCUGAAGCCUGUUAGUGGCAAACCCCCAAAAGAAAAUUUAGGGUUUUCCUCAAUACCUAGGUUAGUUAGUGUUACCCUGCUAACGCCGCAACACCAACCCCUAUGUGUAUUGUUUCAACAGUGCCACCACCCUGUCAUUUUUCCUAACAUUGGGAGCAAAACUUCUCUUCUUCUUCUCUCUCUCUCUCUCAACUGCCUUCUUCUGAUUUGACUACUGUUGCCAUUUUGGGUUUGUACCUGUGAGAAUCAUAAAAGCAGAGAACUUUAGAAACAUUUAACAAAAGUUUGUGGAACUUGAACACUUCGUUUCAAAAUUGUCUGACUCUCACCCUACCUUCCCUUCUCACCCUGGGAUCCUACCCAGCUAAGGCUAAAGUAGGUCAACAAAGGAACCGAUAGGCGUCCGCCAAAUAUUGAACACGCAGCUAGAAACGCUCUGAUUGGUGUUUGGUUGUCAAUCCUACCAGCUGAGAAACCAAUACUGGCAUUGCUAUUGUUUUUCUUCCACCCCGGAGAAAUUUUAAUAGCAAUCACAGUCCUGGUAUUUAGAAAUCCCAAUUUCCAAAGCCUUGUCUAGAAGCAUCCUUCUAAAUCAAACUUAACAUUUAUAAUUGUACUCAUUCUGUAACCAGAAAAGGUUAUUUUGUGUUGUCUUUCUCUCACAUCUUACCAGUGGCUCUAAUCUUUCCUUACAAAAAAAGAAAACCCUUUCUUUUAUAGGAAAAGUGGAAGCAGCCAAAUAUUAUUCUGUUCCUUGUUCUGUUUGUUACUCCUCUUUUCUCCCUCUGUUCUCUAGCUGUGCUACCUGUGUGUGCUUAUUAAUUUUCCCCACAGAGACUACAAAUUAGAAGCACGCCCACCAGAGAUUCACAGUCGAUGAGAACUACACUCACCUGCCCAUUACACACUCAACAUCAACCCACAUUACACACUUACACCUCUGUUUUGCCUUGUUUUGGUUUUGUUUUGUUUUCUCCUCUUCAAGGUCUGUGUCAGUCUAGGUUCUAGAUCUCCCUCACCACGUCCAAACAUGUCUCGCACAACAGACCCUGUUGGCCACUGGGAGGACCUGGAGACAUGGCUAAGUGUUGCAACAGACAGCCUCCUACCUAAGGCUGCUGAAACACUGAAGCAUCAGACACAGGACCAGCUGGAUGAAAACAUAACAAGCCUCACGAGACAAGACCCAAGUCAGAGCUACAGUCACAAAGAACUAGCCAAGAUCACCAGCUCCUUAAGCCACACACUCAUCGCCACCCUUAAGCUGAGCGACAGGCACGCCGCCCAUCUCCAGCAGGAGCUAACACGCGCACAACGACGCAUCGAACAGCUAGAACUGGAGGCUCAGGCACGACGGGAAAGACCUGAUGAAGUGGAACAAGGCGCAGAGGAGGAGAUCACCAGGCUAAGAGAGACACUAGUAGCUACUACACAACACAUGGAACAAGUCAAGACAGACUACGCUGAUCUCUCCAACAAGCUACAGUAUGCGGAACAUCUCCUUGAAAAGGCCAAGGCCGACUUCAGAGACAAGAAUGGCAGAAUUAAAGCCCUUGAAUCUCACCUGGAUGAGUCAAGAAACGAGAUCAGCCGCCUAACACGACAGCUGGACUACAUCAAAGAGGAGUCAGACAGCUUCAGAGAGGAACUCAGACAUGCCUACGAGCUGCGCUCUGAGCCUCCUAGGACACGACGGGCACCAGUCUCACCCCUGCCAAGCAGGCCCGGGUCCCCUGUGCCUGGACUGACCCGUGAUCAAAAGGGGGAGGGGGCAGUGCUGAAACACCCACCUGAUCCCCUCGAAGAAUUUUACAUCACGACGAAGCUAAAAGAAACUGCUCCAGCCAGCCACAGAUCAUCGCGUGGCUUGGACCUCAAGGACCUCAACAAGCUCGCUAGGAACAUUGGCAAAUUUACCCCAAAUGUGCCAGGCAGUCAAGAGAUCAAAGGAUAUCCGCAAGAUGUCGACUUUCAUCUGGAAAUGAGACCCAGUGCCACCGACAAAGAUAGACUUUAUUUGAUCCGAGCGACAUCCAGCUCAGAGGUUCGCAGUUUCCUGGACCGACAGCCGGCCCACACAAAGACUGAUUACCACCUGCUCAGAGAAGCCCUCAUCAAAGAGUUUGCUGACCCUGAGUCGGAACAAGGACUAUUGGCUGCCCUGGAGACGAAACAAGGUCGUCAGGAAUCUUCCCAAUUGUUCUACAGCCGACUCAGACAAGCGUACUUCGGGACUCACAACGAACAGAAUAUGGAGGAAGACGUAAAUUUUAAAACUCUCUUCCUGAGGAAUCUUCACCCUGGGGUAAGCCACCAUCUUGGCGUCCUUGCAUGUCCACGCACCAUGAGUGCUCAACAACUGCGAGACUUGGCACACAAGGCCUACUGCAAACAGAAGAUGACUUCAGAAAAGAGCAUCAAAACCAUGGCAGUUCUCGACUUCAACAGUCAGGGGCUGGCCCUAGAAGGCGCCCAACGUCAAGAUCAUGCCAAGCCAACACCCAAAGAGUGGAAUGCAUCCUCGUCCAACAGAGAACGGGACUCCCACGCUGGUACCCGACCUAAACGAAGGAACAAUCGCUGGGAUGGACCACAUGGACGACAAUGCUCACCUGGACAUCACUGGGAAAACUCAUGGGACCAAUCAAGACCUCAUGAGAGACAUUGGGAAAGAUCGUGGAACCAGCCAAGCUCAUUUGGAAACAAGAGAAAAAAAAACUCAUGGGAAUUCAACGGAACCUCCAAGGGAAAACGACAAAUGCCCCCUGGAUCAACCAGCCCAAGGAAUCGACGAAAAAACUCACAAAGAUUCCAAGCUGAUCGAGCUCAAACUGAAUCCACGCAAGAACAAAAGACUUCACCGUGCGUUGACUUACAAGAACUGAUAAAAUUGAUGAUGAAAGAUUUCUUCCAACGAAAGGAGGAGGACCGGAAGUGGGAAAAGAAAGAGAAACCAGAUUCAGCCUGACU